AUGGGCGUGCAGAGGCUCCUGGGCUCCGGGCCGGCGGUGGUGCUCGCGUGGGGCGACGUGGAGGAUCGAUGUGGUCAGGUGAUCGAAGCGGUGGGAGCCUGCCGCCUGGUUCUUGCUGGGCAGCAGGCGGCUUCCUGGAGACCGAGGGUUCCCUUCACGGCGAUGGCGCUGGACGUGGACGCCUUGGUGACAGGAGAGGUGGUGUCCAGCAUUUUGGCGCAGAUCGAGGCUUGGGUGCAGCGCCCCUUCCUCCUGGUUCUGGUGAGCCGUGCUUACCUCAGCCGGAGGCUGGCCCACAGCUUCAGACAGCACCUCCCGCAGGACAUCGCACUACUUCCGUGUCCGCCUGACCUGAAGACCGCCUGCGCAGAGGUGCCUGAGUUUGGCAACCGCUUCCUGGAGGAGGCGCGAAGGCUGCAGGCCGAGGGCUUGCACCUCACGCAGAGCUGCCUGGAUGCGCUUGAGAGGUGCGGCACCUUCGCCCAUGGAAAAAGCUGCGUGCGCGCAGCUGUACUGAACGGCUGCAAGCCCUACAAAUUCCCCCGAUGCGUCGUGCUGACCCGCAUCGACCGUGUGGAGGAGGGCAUUGUGAAGACCGGCAAGGCGAACCUGGCGGACCGCGAGCUCAUGCUGCGCCAGGUCUUGGAUCGCAAAAUCGAGGACGUCUGCGUGAAGCUGGACGUUCCUCGAACUGGGGCGCGGUCCUGA